ACCAAGCUAAAUUAAGCUCUCUCGCCUCUCUCUCUCUCUCUCUAAGUAAUGAGCUCUUUGGAAGUGAAGGUGGAAAUGGAGGAGGUUUGUUGGAAUGCCAUGGCCGGAGGUGGUGACCGGCCGGUGAAGCAUGAGGUGCAGAGCGGGGGCGAGGAGGAAGGGCUAUACUUGACGUGGGAGGAUCUGUGGGUGACCGGAUCCAACGGUAAGGGUUCGUCGAGGGUGAUACUGGCCGGGCUCACCGGGUACACCCGGCCAGGGGAGCUUCUGGCCAUCAUGGGUCCAUCGGGCUGUGGCAAGUCCACUCUUCUUAAUGCCUUGGCAGGGAGACUCGACUCAGGUACAAAACAAUCUGGACAAGUGUUGGUAAAUGGUUGGCAUCAGACGCUAGCAUUUGGGACUUCUGCUUACGUGACCCAAGAUGACAUUCUGAUGACAACUCUGACAGUGAGAGAAGCUGUAUACUAUUCUGCACAGCUCCAACUGCCAGACUCCAUGUCUAAAUCUGAGAAGAAGGAGAGAGCAGAGACGACUAUAAGGGAGAUGGGCUUGCAAGAAGCUAUGGACACAAGGAUUGGAGGGCAGGCAUCUAAGGGAAUAAGUGGUGGCCAGAAGAGGAGGGUUAGCAUUUGCAUAGAGAUUUUAACACGACCAAAGCUUCUCUUCUUGGAUGAGCCCACAAGUGGACUAGACAGUGCUGCAUCAUAUCACGUUGUGAAUCGCAUUGUAGACCUAUCUCGACAUCAUGGAAGGACUAUUAUCGCUUCGAUCCAUCAGCCUAGCAGUGAAGUUUUUGAGCUUUUUGAUAACUUGUGCCUUUUAUCUUCUGGCAAAACAGUUUAUUUUGGACCUGCUUCUUUAACUAAUGAGUUUUUUUCUCAAAAUGGCUUUCCAUGCCCAUCCAUGAGAAACCCCUCUGAUCACUUCCUCAGAACUAUCAACAAAGACUUUGAGACAGAGAUGGUAAAAGGCUGUAGUAGCCAAUCAAAAACCACUGCUGAAACCAUUGAUAUCCUCGUAGGAUCAUACAAGCUAUCCAAUAUCCACCAAGACGUUGAGAGGCGAGUAGCUGAGAUGCGCAGAUUGGAAGGAGAUGCUGUGAAGACUGGAAGUCAAGCUAGUUUCACUACUCAGUGCAUUGUCCUCACCAAAAGAUCAUUUAAAAACAUGUACAGAGAUCUAGGAUACUACAUGCUGCGACUCGCAAUUUAUGAUAUAUUGUGUCUAUGCAUUGGGACCAUGUUUUAUGACAUUGGACAUAGCUAUGGAUCAAUCCAGGCUAGGGGUUCGGUGCUUCUGUUCGUAUCAUCAUUCCUAACUUUUAUGGCAAUUGGUGGUUUUCCUUCCUUUACAGAAGAGAUGAAGAUCUUUCAAAGAGAGAGACUAAAUGGGCAUUAUGGUGUCACUGCAUUCAUGAUCAGUAACAUGCUUUCUUCCGCACCAUAUUUAGCUCUUGUCUCUAUAAUCCCAGCAGCCAUGGCCUACUACCUUAUUGGCCUCCAAAGCGGAGUUGAUCACUUCAUUUUCUUUGCUAUGGUGUUGUAUGCAUCGAUGUUGCUUGUUGAGGGCAUGAUGAUGAUCGUCGCUAGCAUUGUGCCCAAUUACCUCAUGGGCAUCAUCACCGGUGCCGGAAUUCAAGCAACGAUGAUACUAUCGGCCGGCUUUUUCCGAUUGCCGAAUGAUCUUCCGAAGCCAGUGUGGCGAUACCCAAUGUACCACAUAGCCUUCCACAAGUAUGCCAACCAAGCUUACUACAAGAAUGAGUUCAUUGGACUUUCCUUUCCCAACAUCCAAGCUGGGGGUGCAGCCACUAUUACUGGGGAGGAAAUUCUGAGGGAUUUUUGGCAGAUGGAGGUGGGACACUCUAAGUGGGUUGAUCUUGCCAUCUUGUUUGGUAUGGUUAUUCUAUAUAGGGUCUUGUUUUUGGUCAUUGUGAAGACUAGUGAAAAGGUGAAGCCCAUGGUUAGGGCUGGUCUAAACAAGGAUCCCAAACAGGUCAUAGGGCCGCCCUCAACACCUCUAGCUGAUGUAAACCCAUAAAAAGAUUUUUUUCUCUUUUUUCUUCAUUUUACUAGGUAUAAUCAAUGUGUUUGGUCCAUGUAAUUCUGAUGUUUUAUUUAAAAGUGGGACCAUCUGAUAGAUCAUUGUUUUUUGAGUAAUAUCCAGGAUUUUGA